AGUACCGUCCAUGAUUUGACAGUGCACCGUGCAACGCCUGAGGAUAUUCUCCGUCGCCGUGAAAUACACAAAUCAAAAAACAAAGCAUUGGCACAUCUGGAGCUCCAAGAGAAAGCACUGAACAGAAAAUGGAAGAAGCAAAGGCAACUGGAUGUGGAUUCCUUUGAGAAAAGGAAAUUGGCUCUGAUGCGUGAGAUUCUGUCUGAUCAGUAUCAUUUGCAAGAUGUGUUGGAGCGAUCUGGUCAGGCUGUGGCUGGGGCAAAAGAUUUGCUUGAGGAUGCUCCUCGCACACGAACAGGUUUUCCUAAUGUAACAAUGGCUCCUAACUGUGACCUAGAAUCGUCUCAAGGACCCAUUGUACAAAAAAGUCAUCCUCCCAGUCAGCUUUCCAUCCUCAAUGAAUCUGUCAUGGAUUCCCAGGCCCUUAAUGAAGAGGAGGAGGAAGAAGCAUUAUCAGAAGAUGGACACCAUGAUGUUUUGGGUUUCAAAUCCAGGAUCAGUUCUGACAGGCUGCUUCGGUUGUUGAGAAAAGAAAAUUCCUUGGUGAAUUCUCCAUUGUGGGCUGAAAAAGGUGUGAGAAAAACCACCUUAUCACAGGAAUCAAAUGUGCCUCGGACUCCAGCAACUGUUUCCCCUUCAUUGGACCAGUCAGCCCUCAAUGCCACCAGUGUAAUCAAGAGAACCCAUUCAAGACUUCAGAAUGAAGAUGAAGAAGAGUCUGUAGAUUCCAUUGACACUGUGAGACAAGUGCUGAACCCAAACUCAAGGAAACAAAAGCAAAUUGCAGCAAAGAUGAAAAGAAAGCAAGCUGAACAGAACCCUGCAAGACAAAAAAGGGGUGAUUCUCCAGCUAAUUUAACGCAGACUGACCUUCAGAGGGACAGCAAAUCCAGCCUAGAUGUUCUCAGCCACAUGAUCCAGGAAGUAGAGCAUGAACUGGAGGAAUAUGAGCGAUGUACAGGUCGUGAGGUGCCAAAGAAAGAGAGAAGUGAGGGCCUGUCUGGGUUUACUCUGUCCCUAGUGAACGCUCUCUGUCGCUUGAUGCGCUACCUCAAAGAGGCUGAAAUGCAGCUGCAUGAGAAAGAGAUGAUUAGGCAGCAGCAGAAGGAGAUGUUGGAUGAACACAGAGAACUGAUCGAUGCUCUGACUGCUGAGGUUCUUCAAGUAAGGGAAGAAAACAUGACUAUGCAGAAGAAGCUUCAGCAAUACAUGACAGUAACAGAUGAAAAGCUGAUGUGUCUCACACAAGCAUUUAAGGACCUCCCUUUGGUAGAACCUGAAAGAGAACAAAGUUCAAAACAUUUGGGAAUUGCAAGCAGAGGCCCAGCAAACAGCCAAGAAAAACCUGAUAUGACCUACCCUGAGCCCAGGACUGAAGUAGGCAAUAGGGAAAAUAUGCUGAAAUUUCCACAGGAAGAACUUCCUUUCACAUUUCACCCAGGGCCAGGUGCCUCAAGUGAUAUGAGACCUGGUAGAAGCUUCCCAGCUCACAUCUUCCAGCCAGCUGUGCUGUUGUCCCCACCACAGCAGAAAAGCAGUGAGGAAUUGUUUCAUUUCCAGAAUGUGCUGGCAGCCAUUUCCCAGUGUGCUGAAAGAGAGCUGUGCAAGGAAAGGAGCUUGCCUUCCUCCCUGAGGACACAGAGCACAGCUGAGGAGAGCUGCCCCAUCUCUCAAAGGCAACCACUUCCUCCUGCAGACAAAAACUUGGAGAGUUCCCAUGAGAAAACCAAUCUGUCCUGCCCAGGUGACCCUGGAAAAAACAGCACAGCUGAAGAGUUCCUUCGAAAUGGUGAUCUUCUGGGACAGAUAGCUGAGCUCUCACGGCAGAAUGCUCUAAUUAAAGCUCAACUGAGCAAAUUCAGAGGUGUCCCUGGAGACAAAAGUGAUUGUCUGCAUCCAGGCCUGACACAAAAUGCAGAUCCUAGUCCAGGCUCUUCACAAGGACAGAGUCAUCUCAUGGUAUCAAGGAGCUUGGAGGAAAGGAUAGCGGAGCUGAAUCGCCAGAGUACGGAAGCACGGGAUAAGCUGUUGCAGUUGAUAGACCAGCAGAAAUCAGCUGCUGCUGACAUGGUCCCUCCAAUGCUGUCUCCUGUUCCACCCCCAUCCCUGAAUUACACUGAAAAUGCAAGGAGGACAGUUGAAGUGUCUGUUCCCAUGGCAGUGGCUGUGGACAGCUCCAAGGAGGACAGUGUUCCCCAUGCCAGUAUGACCAGUAUAAGAAGGACUGUAGGAGACUCCAGCAAACCUUUAAGUGCAACAUCAGAAAGUGCCAAAUUAACUUCUGUCAGCCAAAGACCAAAGGUAGAAAAGCAAAAAGAAGAAGGAUGGUUUGCAUUGUCAAUGCACGUUAUGUAAAGGAAGCUGAGCUCAAGUCCUGUAUUUUUAAAAUAUUUUUUAUUAACUACAAAUAAAUCACAAUCUCUCUACAGAUGUGCAGUUUAA